AUGGCGGUUAAAAUGGACAUGUCAAAAGCCUAUGACCGCGUAGAAUGGGAUUUCCUUGCUCAAGUGAUGACAAGGUUGGGCUUUCACAGUAGAUGGAUCAACUGGGUAAUGCAGUGUGUCACAACUGUCUCCUAUUCUUUCCUAAUCAAUGACUCAAUAUAUGGAAAGGUGAAACCGCACAGGGGCAUUAGACAAGGGGAUCCAAUCUCGCCAUACCUUUUUAUCUUGAGUGGUGAAGUCCUUUCUGGCCUCUGUAGACACGCAGAACUUGAUGGCUCGAUGAGAGGAGUCCGUGUUGCUAGAGGCAGCCCCCGCGUCAAUCACCUGCUUUUCGCAGAUGAUACAAUGAUGUUCUGCAACUCAACAUCCGAAUGUUGCCUCUCCAUGCUUCAGAUCCUGCAAGAGUAUGAGAAGGUUUCAGGUCAAAUGAUCAAUAUUUCUAAAUCAUCGAUCACAUUCUCUGUCAAAACCCCAGCAGAAACAAAGACCUCAGCUAAAACAAUCCUAGGAAUACAAAAGGAGGGAGGAGUGGGUAAAUAUUUGGGUCUCCCAGAGCACUUUGGGAGAAGAAAAAAGGAUCUGUUUACCUCAAUUGUGGAUAGGAUAAGGCAGAGAGCUUCGAACUGGUCAACCCGUUUCCUAUCACGAGCAGGCAAGCUCACCAUGCUCAAAGCGAUCCUUACAGCGAUCCCUACCUAUGCUAUGUCUUGUUUUCAACUCCCAAAGAAUCUCUGCAACAGAAUUCAAUCAGCCCUCACGCGGUUUUGGUGGGAUGAAUCAACAGACAAGAAAAAAAUGUGUUGGGUGGCCUGGGAAAAACUAACUAAGCCAAAAGCUGUAGGAGGUCUAGGAUUGAGAGACAUCCAACUCUUUAAUCAAGCACUUCUUGCGAAAGUGGCCUGGAGAAUCCUAACCAAUCCUAGCUGUUUGCUUGCUAGAGUGCUUACCGGGAAGUAUUGUCACAAAAGAAGCUUCUUAGAGGCUCAACUCCCAGCGGUCUGCUCACAUGGAUGGAGAAGCAUCCUCCAUGGAAGGGAUCUGCUCCUUGAGAACCUGGGAAAAGCCAUUGGCAAUGGUCAAAACACAAAAAUUUGGAAGGAUUCAUGGAUUUCGAGCAACUCCCAACUCAAGCCAUUCGGCCCAAUUAAUGAAUCAGCUCUAGACUUGAGAGUGUCUGACCUCCUAACAGAUGAUCUACAGUGGAACAAGAUGAGAAUUGACCAACUUCUACCAGAGUUCAGCUCGCAAAUCCAGUGUAUAAAGCCAAGCAAAGAAGGCGCUGAGGACAUCUUUGUCUGGCUCCCCCUGCAAACGGGAGUCUACUCCACCAAAUCAGGGUAUAAUUCUCAAGCGCUACCACCAAUGAUACCCUCUCUCCCGGCUCCAAUCAACGCUCAAUCUAAUCAAGAAUUUAGUUGGAUAAAAGACAUUUGGUCAGUAAAAACAAGCCCAAAGCUUAAAAUUUUUCUUUGGUCAAUCAUCCAAGGAGCUUUACCUAUUGGAGCAGAGCUACAAAGAAGAGGUAUGAUGGCCGCUGGCCACUGCCCUAGGUGCAAGGAGGUAGAAACAUCAAUGCACACCCUCUUUCUAUGCCCCUUCGCAAAAGAAGUCUGGAAACACAUACCGAUCUCGACACCAGUUCACAUAGCUGUUGACACUGACUUUGCAACGGCAUUGGUUCGAUUCAGACAAACUAUCUGCCUCCCCCACACAGGAGUGAGAUCUCCCCUUCUCCCAUGGAUCUGCUGGGCUCUUUGGACGGCGAGGAACAGGCUUAUUUUCGAAGACAAGACAUAUCGCCCUGAGGAGAUAGCAACGAAAGGAGUAUCAGCUGCCUUAGAAUGGGAUCAAGCUCAAGAUGUAGAGAAAGGAAGAAAUGGAACUCACCGGGAACCAAUGAACACCAUGCGUCAGAACCCGACCUCGAAUGGUGAAACCACAUGCUUCGUUGACGCGGCAUGGGAUGUCUCCACGAAUCGAGCUGGAAUCGCUUGGUGCAUAUACAGAGACCGAUCGCCCACGAACCUAUCAGGAUCCCAGACAGUCGAUUCUGUCUCUUCCCCACUCAUGGCCGAAGCAAUUGCGAUCCGUAACGGGAUCGAGAGGAUGAUCCAAUCAGACAUCCGCUCAACAACAAUCUUCUCGGACUGCUCAACACUCAUCAGAGCAAUCGUCAGCAAAAGCCAGAUUACAGAGAUCUAUGGUGUCCUACAGGAUAUCCAUCAUCUCUCAUCGCUGUUUGCUUCUAUCAACUUUCAGUUCAUCUCCCGUUCCCAGAACGGAGAAGCUGACUUUCUAGCAAAACGGGCCCUUAAGGCCCAUAAUCCUUCUGCUUCUGUUGUUUAG